UGCAACGCAGGUCUACAGUCUGUGAGUGUCUACUCAGGAACCGACUCAGACUUUCUGAAAUUAAUAUUCUGUUUGGGUUAGUCUAGGAAUAGUAGGAUAUUACUACGAUGGCGGACGCACAGGCUGAUGCUUCAAGCGUCGGCUCUGCCACAGCCUCUCCUGCCCCAGCAGGCAAUGAAAGUGUUGCAAAAUCCAAAUUGAAGGUGACGACGACGAAAGCUGAACGCAGGGCGAAACAAGAGGCACAACGUGCUGCUAAGGCAGAUCGCCUGGCAACAGAUGGCAAGGCUCCCCGAAAGCAGCAAGGACCACCACCCAAGUCUAGUGAAAAGUCAGUAUUGAUGCCCCGAGGGUCAGAACACCAAUCUGAGCAUCAUCGCAUGAAGCCCAGCGCACAAGCCGAUGAUCCUAAAGUUCAAGCCAAGCAACUUAAGAAAUUGGCACAGCACAAUAUCCUUCAACGGCCCGGAGAAACGAAAUGUCGGCUAUUCUCUCAUCUUCAUCAGCAUCUCCGUAACUUCCCUUUGACUACACACAUGCCGAUGGAUAAUGCAGACAUUCACAAGUCGGUGUUGAAGCUGGGCAUAAUGUAUGCUGAUUACUCUAUCCGUGGCUCUAAUGCCAGAUGCAUAGCUCUUCUUCGCGUGCUAAAAGAAAUGAUCCUGGACUACACCACACCUAAAGAGAAGGAAAUGGCUAGAGACUUGGAGUCUCGGCUUAAGCCACAAAUCAGUUUCCUGAACACAUGUCGACUCAUCUCACCAAGUAUGGGCAAUGCUAUCAAGCACAUCAAAGUCUGCAUUAGUCAACUGCCUCCUGACCUUCCUGAAGAAGAGUCAAAAGAUCGGCUAAUACUAGAACUUCAGCGGUAUGAGUCUGAAAAGAUUUCGCUAGCUGAUGCUGCUAUUGUUCAGUUUGGCGAACAGAAAAUCACGGAUGGCGAUGUGAUCAUGACGUUUGCCUACUCAACAAUUGUUCACAAGAUCCUGCGUCAAGCACAUCGUAGUGGCAAGCGCUUCCGUGUACUGGUGGUGGACUCAAGGCCGUUGUAUGAAGGUAAUCUGAUGCUUAACUACCUGCAUGCAGACGGCAUCCAGUGCUCCCAUCUGUUGCUCAAUGCCACCAAUUACAUCAUGAAGACGGCGACUAAAGUUCUAAUGGGUGCUAGCACAGUGCUAUCCAAUGGUCACUGUAUAUCUCGUGUCGGUACAGCGAUGAUCGCCAUGAUGGCUAAGAAGUGCGAAGUGCCCGUGCUUAUCGCCUGUGAGACAUACAAAUUUUCAGAACGGGUGCAAACAGACGCAAUUGUCUUUAACGAGCUUGGUGACCCCAAUGACCUAGUGAGCACAUCAUGCAUUAGGAGUGCGGUGAAGUGCCAUCAAGCCAAGGCCGGCAAGCCACUAGAGCACUGGGAUGCUAACCCCAACUUGGCUCUGGUCAACCCACUCUUUGAUGUCACACCACCAGCAUAUAUCAGUCUGCUGCUGACGGAGCUUGGACCGCUGCCAUGUUCGUCCGUUCCAGUUGUGCUGCGUGUAAAGACACCAUGAUUGACCACAGUCAGCCAACCAUCUUGCCGUUGCUGUUGCUCUUGUCUGUGAUGCCAAUCCCGUAGGUAUCUUCAUCUUGCCUUGGACAAUUGCUGUCACUGAGUGCUAUCAUUGUGUCGUUGCAACUGCACGUGCCGCUGUCGUCCUUGUUGUUACUGUUCCUAUCGUGUCUGUGAUGAUCCUCACUCAUGUCAGUGUCUUCGCUGGGGUCGUCAGCAUGAAACAAGCUGAGCUUACAUCAUCAAACAAGCAUAGCAAAUUAUCAUUUUAAAACCUGUACAAAUUUGUAGUAUGUAAAAAAUGUAGAUACCCAGAAAAAUCGGUUGGAUCUCACCAUGAUGUCUCUCUGUUGCAGUGCUUCUGCAGACCUACCGGUAUCAGUGUACAUAGAACAUGAUUAUUUUCUCUUUACUUAUUGUUAACGGUCUGCCGCUGUUUACUUUUCAUAUUUGUUUUCCUGUCGCUGCAAGCAUAGCUACAUACAACCCCCAGGCCACUGCCCAUUGGCUUGACUUCACUUCAUAGCUACAUACAACCCCCAGGCCACUGCCCAUUGGCUUGACUUCACUUCAUAGCUACAUACAACCCCCAGGCCACUGCCCAUUGGCUUGACUUCACUUCAUAGCUACAUACAACCCCCAGGCCACUGCCCAUUGGCUUGACUUCACUUCAUAGCUACAUACAACCCCCAGGCCACUGCCCAUUGGCUUGACUUCACUUCAUAGCUACAUACAACCCCCAGGCCACUGCCCAUUGGCUUGACUUCACUUCAUAGCUACAUACAACCCCCAGGCCACUGCCCAUUGGCUUGACUUCACUUCAUAGCUACAUACAACCCCCAGGCCACUGCCCAUUGGCUUGACUUCACUUCAUAGCUACAUACAACCCCCAGGCCACUGCCCAUUGGCUUGACUUCACUUCAUAGCUACAUACAACCCCCAGGCCACUGCCCAUUGGCUUGACUUCACUUCAUAGCUACAUACAACCCCCAGGCCACUGCCCAUUGGCUUGACUUCACUUCAUAGCUACAUACAACCCCCAGGCCACUGCCCAUUGGCUUGACUUCACUUCACUCAUUACAGUCAAUACAGUCUUGUAGGCUGUAGUAGUAAUCAUGUUCAGUUUUGUUUGUCCGACUGAGCUGUUA